CAUUAGAACGCGGUGGUUCAAUAUUUAAUUAAAUGUGUAUAAUUACAGUAAUUUAUUUUAUUUCUUAUUUGAUAUGAAGGAUGAAAACAAUCAAUAAUCUGAUUUUAUGUUCCAUGCCGGUUUGCGUGUACAGUUGGUAAUCGUGUGACAACACGUAACUCCGAGAAGAAAGCGACCGUGUUUUUUUCCAUUAUUAUUAUUAUGCGUCUGUCUCGUUUUAACGCUAGUAAACGGAACUGUAUGAAAUAACCCGCGUUUCCAAACUAAUUGUAAUCGGUCUCAGUACGGCAAGUUUGAAGUGACAAAAUUAAUUGUUUUGCUUGAAAUUGUAUUGUAAACAUUAUCAAAUUGAACUACAACGGAAGCUUGAAGAUUGUUUUCUAUCAACGGGCCUCAUGGUAUUAUAUUCAUAACAGCGUUUUGGAUGGGUGGCGGGCGACAUAUGAUGUAAACAUAGUCGACCAACAAACGCCGAUUGACUGUAAGUACGGUUUUCAACGAUAUUUUACUGAUCUCCUUACAUCAGGACUCGGUACCUUUCGGGCAAAUGUGACACAAACACCGUCAUUACGGAUGAACGGCCUCCGAUUAAGCCUCUCCGGUGUUUUGUCAUGGCAUCAAUAUUCGUACGUGUGGACGUAAAACGGCGGAAAUUAAUUGUAAAAAUUAGAUUUUCGUCUAUGAAAACGUCUGCAAACGAGCCUUCCUUAUUAGCGGUUACUCUACAUAAAGUUCGCAUGUUCAAGGAACCAGCCAUGGAUGACAAUCCACCGUUGAAGAAUGGCGAUCCUAUGGAAUUGUCAUCCGACGAUAUUCUGGGUGUGAUGAAGAAUAUAUCGAUGGUUAAAAACGGACUUAUGUCUUAUGAAAAUGAUUCUGAACAAAUUGAAAUUGGUAAUGGAGAUGCUGAUGCCAUGUUUGCAAUUGGAGAUAAUGAUUUAUGCUCUUUUGAAAGAGAUCUACUUGACAAUGUUAUUGGAAUAGCCGAAGAAGAAGUGGUUACUCAAUAUGAUGAUACACCGACAGUAAAAGAAAAUUUUGACAUGUAUAUGAACAAAGGAAAAAUAUUAAGAGAACGGCUUCAAAAAAUAAUUUCUAAACUUCAAAAUAUACAAUUGAAAACAAUGGGGAAAUGUUCUACUCAAGAGAUUUAUAAUGUUUUACAAUCUCAAAAAAGUAGUGCUAUAAAAAAUAUAAAAUCAACAUUACUUAAAGUUCAAAAACGGCAAUCUAAUCCAUUUCUUAAAAGUUUAUUAUCUGAUGAAAUUAAAGAUGGUGAAAAAGUCUUUGGUUUGCUAGAAUCCCAAAUAAAAACAUUAAAUGAAGAUUAUGAUUCUGAAGCAACAGCCAGUGACUCUGAAACUGAUACAUUAGGCGAGUCGAGUGAAGAAGAAAUUCAAGCAUCAAGUUACCCUAUAGAAGAAAGAACUGAAUGGAAAUGGCUUCAUGAAAGAGCUGGAAUAGCGUAUCGACUAACAUGGUUAGUGAAUGUUAUGUCUGACAUAGAAUUCAAAAUUAAUUUUUAUAAUGAAGCAUUAAAUCGAUACACUACACAUUCAUUUAUACAAGACCAAGAAGAAGAAACAGCCAGAAGAGUUCAUCCUUAUGAACCAAAAAUACAACAUAGAAUGUUAACACAACCACCACUUAUUAAUUUGGCUGCCGCAUGGAAAAAAGGUGACAAAGCCAAAUUUAAUCUUAUUAAUCCUUGCGAUUGCUAUGGUAUUGAUUCAUGCCCUACUUGUGUAAGUCUUACCCACCACACAGACAAUUCACCCCAUCGUUUUAGUGUUACUUUCCAUCCAGUUCUGUCUGACUCGAAAGAUACAUCUAUAAACGUUGCACUAUCUAAUGAGCUAGGCAAAUCGUCUUUUCAGCAAAAACAAAAAAAUAAAUCUAAACCUGAUACUGAUUUUAAUAAAUACUUUGUGGAUAGAACACCUGAGCAAAGUCCUACUAUUAGACAAGUUCAACCAGUAAAAUUACAAAACGCUUGGCCAAAUCGAAAUGAACCGAUAACAAAAUUUAAUCGAAAUCCUAGACAAUCAAGAAAAAGAAGAAGAAUGAGAUAUGGUAAACAUAAAAGAAGUCGAAUAGAUGAGGAUUAUAAGUAUAGCAGUCGAAGAAGUAGUGAAAGUAUAUGUGAUGAUGAUGAACUGGAUGAUGUUUAUGAAGAAGAUAAUUAUGACUCUGAUCCAGAUUACAGUCCAUGGUUCCCAAGAACAGGUGACAAGACUUUUAAUGCAAAGCGUGAAUAUGACAUUGACAAUAUUGUAAUACCAUACAGUAUUGCUGCUGCAUCGAGAGUAGAAAUGGUAAAAUAUAAAGAAAUUGUAACACCCAAGUGGAGGAUUGUCGAAGAAUUAGAUGUCGAUCCAACAGAAUUUGCUGCAAAUAUUCCAGAUCCAGAACCUGAAGUAGUAGAAGAUUUAGAUGAUGGAAAACGCAGUGCCCACCAUGAAGCUUGUGAAAUGGAAGAACGAAAAAGAUUCAGAACAAUGAAAAAGCAAUCUGAACGAACUCAUAAAAAUAGUGGACAUUGUAGCAGUGGCGAAAAUACCUCUGAAGCUAUGUCACCUCUCUUUGAGAGUCGUUCUCCCAUGCCUACAGUUGAAGAAGAACCAGAUGCAGGUCCUAGCAAUCAAGAUUGGAACCCAUAAAUUAAUUUUUAUUUAUAUUUAAGUAAUAAAUAUUGUAUAUUAACAAUUGUAAAAACCAAAGUUUUAUGUUUAGGUUAGCUACAUAUAAAAUUAGUGGUCAUACUUAAGUAUGUUAUUUUUAUGUAAUAGUUAUUGCUAAUGUAAAAUGUUUUCUUAAUCUUGUUGUAUUAUACAAAUUGUAUAAUAAAAUAUAGCCUGGCAAACAUAUACAUUAAUUAUUAAGUAGAGAAUUCUAUUUCAUUAAGACAAU